CUGGCUGCAUCAAUAGAUCUGCUAACGUGCGGCCGGCUGAUGGGACUCGCUGCUCCGGCUCACUACCGUCGCCCCGGCACCAGCAGAAUGGACAAAAAGGCCAAACGGGGGUCUCACGUGUGACCGUGGACAUGGGACAGUGGGCUGUUGGAAUGUCAGGUGACCCUUCCCCGACAUCUGUUCACUAGAAUGUUAAUAUCACUACGGUUACAUAACAGACAUCGCCCUUGAAAAAAAUCGAUCCCACAGAAAGUGACAUUGGAUUUCAUGGAGUCACUUGAAACUGCAGCGGGGGUGAGGAGCUCCGGCGAAGGUCAGGACGGAAAUGUGGUUUCAAAGACAGAAAUCACCUCGGAGGAGACACAGGAAGUGGAGACUAAAGGAUGGCACCAACAUCCAGAGGAGGGUCGGGGCAGGGACUCGUGUGAUGACUCAGGGAAACUAGAAGAUCCGUCCUCCAUGCAUCAGGACUACGAGGCGUAUCCACUGCAGCCCACUAAACUGUUUCCCAUUGGCAGGCAGAAAGCUGCAGUUUCGCCCGGCCCGGCAACCCACAGGAAGUGCACCAGUUCACCUGAGGUUCACCAGUGUUCCCAUGCAGCCAUGGACCCGAUCUCAGAGGCGAAGCUGGAGCAGAAACCACAAAAGCCCGGGAAGUAUGUCUGUGAUUAUUGCGGCAGGGCAUGUGCUAAACCCAGCGUUCUGAAGAAACACAUUCGCUCGCACACCGGAGAGCGGCCCUAUCCCUGCGUCCCCUGCGGCUUCUCCUUCAAAACUAAGAGUAACUUAUACAAACACAGGAAGUCCCACGCUCACGCCAUCAAAGCCGGGACGCUCUCAGACCUCGCUAGCCAGGGGUCUUUUGAAGGGGAAGGCGAGUUGUUUUCUGACGCUGAGCAGAGCUCGGACUCGGAUGAGGACACUCUCAGCGACCCGCUGCUGCUGCUGGACUCCCCGGCGGAGGCGUCGGAUAACACGGCUGUGAAAGUACUCAACCUCAUUUCUCAGAAGAAGGGAGCCCAGGAUGCUCCACAAGAAAUCAAUGCCCCGCCGGCCGAGGCAAGCCGUGUAAUCCAAUCCAGCACGAUCAAACAGAGGCUGGCUCUGCGGCUCUCGGAGAAGAGGAGCAGCGACUCGGAGAAUAAUCUGUCUCUGCCGAGUCAGUCCAGCAAGGGCAGCACGGACUCCGGAUACUUCUCCCGCUCAGAGAGCACCGAGCACCAGGCCGGGCCGCCCAACACCAACGCCAAGUCCUAUCAGGAGAUCAUGUUCGGGAAGUGCUACAGGCCGAGCCCCAAGCAGACGGCCGCCUUCAGCGAGGCUGCGGACCGACGCUCGGAGAGAGGCGUGUCUCGCGUCUUCACCCAGGAGAAAGACGCAGUCGAGUCGAUCAGAAUAAACACCAAGUCCUUACUGAGGGAGGAGACGCAGGAGCUGCAGUCUGACGCCGACAUGGCGACUCUGAUCAGAAGCAACUCGAUGCCGACGUCCUCCGCCGUGUGUCUGAACAUGCCCCCCGCCCUCAGAGGAAGCCAUUCGUUCGACGAGAGGGCGAGCACCGGCGGCAUGAGGAGACUGCGGCGGCAGGCUGCCUUCGAACACUCGGCACACGAAAGCCAUGCAGACGCAGACAGCGGGAAGAUGAUCGACAGCGCCGCUUCACCCUCGGGAUUGGAAAUGGAAAGCUACCCCUCUGUGGCGUCCGGUACGAGCCACCAGAGACACGCCAUGGAGCUGGCGACGAGGAAACGUCGGAAAGAGAAGCGGGAAGAGGAAGAUCUGUCGGGUCAUUACGAGGGACGAGAUGAAUGUGAGGAGAUGAUCGACUCGAGUAAAGAGUACGAUGUGAAGCAAGCUGCGGCCGGCAUCAUGGCGUUAGGACAUCUGCAGAUGGACAUAUCAGUGAGUCCGGAAAUGUCCGGGCGUAAAAAUUUAGGGAAUGUCAUUUCUGUUAUCCAGCACACAAACUCCAUAAACAGGCCUCACUCUGAACCGUCCGACUCUUACAAGUAUCACGGGCAGAGACAGGAAGGGAUUUCAUUUCAAGCCAUGGAGUCGAGUGAAUCACUGGAGAGGAGCGACCAAUCGUUCCAAAUCCCCAAACUGGUGCGGCAGCCCAACAUACAAGUCCCCGAAAUCAGGGUCACGGUGGAGCCUGACAGCCCGGAGAAAGCUCCCGAGGUGCAGGUGAAGUUGAAGGAGCCGGAGAAGGAGGAGUUCCAGUGGCCUCAGAGGAGUGAAACUUUAGCACAAUUCCCCCCGGAGAAGCUCCCCCCGAAGAAGAAGAGGCUUCGCUUGGCCGACAUCGAGCACUCCUCCGGGGAAUCCAGUUUUGAGUCGGCGUGCACCAGUCUGUCCCGUAGCCCGAGCCAGGACAGCAACUUAUCAUACUGCUCCACCUUCUCCUUCGACAGGGAGGAGGUUUUGAAGUCGCCGGCCCGGCAGGAUGAGUUUGGGAAACCGCUGGAGCUGCUGGCGGUGCCGGGGAGCGUUCACACCCUGUCGCUGCUCAACCAGAGGCAACAACACGAGAUGAGGCGAUCGUCCUCUGAACAGGCGCCAUGUAACUUACGCAGGGAGCUACCGGAAGCUCGCAGCAUAUCGUUCGACUACGGCAGCCUCACGCCAACGUCUAAACUCAAACACGUGGAUUCAAGGGAGAGGAGGCGGGGGAACCUGGUGCGGCAGGAGUCCUUGAAUAUGGAAACUGAGGUGGGGCAAGUGUUUCACCUCAGCAACGCUUUGCCGAUAUUCUCCACCGGGAACACAUUUCCCCAGCUGUCCCAUCCGAGCCUCUCAGUUCCCGUGAGAUUACAGACUCACGUGCCAUCGUUCGGCAGCAUCACUUACACGUCAGUAUCGCAGAUUUUUGACAAUCAGUUCGAAAGCGCCGCCUCUCAGACUCAGGUCGCUCGUGUUUCCAGAAAGGCUCUCGACGUGGAAGCGCUCGAUCUGUCGUCGGCUAAACUGAAGACGGGCAUCCCUCUUUCUCUGACCUCUCGGACCAUUUCCACCACCAACGCCUCCAGCGGCGGCACCAACAAGCGCAUGCUGUCGCCUGCCAGCAGCCUGGAUCUCUUCAUGGAGGUGAAGCAGCAGAAACGGGUGAAAGAGGAGCGGAUGUUCGGGCAGAUCGUGGAGGAGCUGAGUGCCGUGGAGCUGGGGAAAUGUUACCUGAGCGAGGAGAAGGGGCGAGCAACACCUCAGGUUAUCACGCGAGUCGAGUCGGCGAUGGAAAGCUCGCCUCCAUACGUGAAGGAAGUUGGUGUGGAGAAGCGAGUGGAAUUGGUGGCGAAGCUCAUCACGAAUCAAGAGGUGGUGAUCUCUGAGCACUCGAGACUGUUCCCGAGUCUCCGCACGACGACCGGGGUGAGCUGGUGUUUUCUGAACUACACGAAGCCCAGCUGCUCACCCAGCGAUGCCCCCUUUUCCUCCGUUUACGCGUCCUGGGGCGUCAGCGCCCACAACCCGAACCCCCUGGAUCUGAACACCAGCGCCGCCCUGGCUCUGCUGAGAUCCAAACAGCCGGGAGGCGGCGUGAUCUACAGCGCCGCCGCCAUGUGUCCGCCGGGCGCCGGGAAGCUGGUGUCGUCGCUCCUCAUGUGGAGGCAGACCGCGGAGCAGCUGCAGAGGAAACCGGAGCCCAGAGAGGCGGACGCCGCUUACGGGAAGAAGGGGAAAGACAUCAGAGUGAAAUCUGCCAAAGACGAGUGGAAGGAGCGGGAGGUCCAGACGCUGCCAACCCGCGUCAAGAUCUUCGAGGGAGGAUAUAAGUCGAAUGAAGAAUACGUGUAUGUGCGAGGUCGCGGUCGGGGGAAGUAUAUCUGUGAGGAGUGUGGGAUCCGCUGCAAGAAGCCGAGCAUGUUAAAGAAACACAUCCGAACUCACACCGACGUCCGGCCGUACGUCUGCAGGGUCUGCAACUUCGCCUUCAAAACUAAAGGAAAUCUGACUAAACAUAUGAAGUCGAAGGCGCACAUGAAGAAGUGUCUCGAGCUGGGAGUGUCGGUGACGAUGGACGACACGGAGAUACAGGAACAUGUGGACGAGUCUAAGACGGCGGUCGCCACCAAACACCAGUUCUCAGACGCCGAGGACUCGGACGGCAUGGACGAGGAUGAGAUCGACGAGGACGAAGAAGAGGACGAGGACUACGACGGCGACUCGACUCCGAAGCUGCGUUCGAGCACGAGUCCUCAGCCGUGUGGCCUCACGUCUCUCUCGGUCACAGCCAGCGCCGCCAUCCACGGGUACUCCGAGUCCCGAGAGAGGCAGACGGACGACGACUCGCUGACGAUGCUGUCUCCGGACCAGACCAGCUUCCUGUUCGACCCGUACACUUCCUGCCUGCUGUCCCCGGGGUGGGAGUCUCCGAUAAGGGAACCAUCACCGUCCCGUCUCCGUUACCCGUCCCCGCUGAGGGAGCUUUCCCCGAGAGGACGGUCCUCGCCCCGUUGGGACUCCUCCCCGCUGAGGCCGAGCUCGCCCAGCUUCUCCCCCAUCCAGAGGCCCCUCUCCCCCGGGGAGGCGUCGGCCAGGGGGAGGCAGAGGGUGGUGCUCAGGGCGGUGUCUCCACGGAGAGGUUCGCACCAACACAAGGGGGAGAAGAGCCGAGCACAGGCCAAGCUGGAGAUGGUUCAACAUCAAGGAGUCUUUGAAAUGGAGACGGAUCAGAGGAGCAGCUUGCCCCCCCCCCAGAACCUCCUCAGCCACCUCCCCCUUCACUCACAGCAGCCGGUCCGCUCUCUGCUGCCACUGGUUCCCAUCGGAGGACGCCAGAUGUUACCCUCCGCCUCCCCACCUCCGCCUUCCUCCAGCCCCGACGCCCCCCUGUCUUCGGCGCCGACCCCACCGAGCAGCGAGGGCAUCGAGUCUGCAGGGGAGGACGUCUCGCAAGAGAACCCGGAGCAGGAGGUGCAGACCUGCCUAAACGCCAUCGCCUCGCUGAAGAUCACCACGGAGGACCCUCACUGAGGAACCCCCCCUGCAGGCUUCAUCUUUAACCCCCCCUCAGAGGCUCUUUAUUACGCCCUCUGGUGUUGCACAUCGCUCCGUUCGACGUGGAGAUUGAAACAGAAGGACUUGAACCGGUGCAGAAGGAGACAGGGAGAACCGGAGAACCGUUGCUGGGUGCAGGUGCAAUACGGAAAGAUAUUAUGCUAAUAUGCCUUUGUCUGACACAGUAGUUUGCAUACAAUUGCACAUAAAUUAUAUUUAUGGAUCUGUACGAUACUUAUACUCCUUCUUAGAUGCAUACGAAUAUUUUAUGUAUGUGUACUUUGAGAAUAGACUGUUGUUUAAUGUACUCAUAUCGAGGUGUGAUGCAGUAGUAACUGAAGACUAUUUAUAUAAGGGGAAAUAUGUGUAUUAUGAAACAGUCUGACCAAACUUUAAGUAGACGCUUUUCUUGUGCAGUUCGGUGCUUUGGAAUCAAGCGGCGGCGGCGGCGGCGGGGGUCUGUGCCUUUACUUUGCUUUUUAUUUAUUUGUUAUUACGGAAGAAAGCUCUUUGUUUCUCGUGCCGUCUCUCCGGCUGCAGCUUGAUUUAUUGUGAAACAAUCUUAACAAAAAAACAGAAAAGGUUUCCUAUGUUGCAUUUUUCUAAAUGUCGUGGUUUUUAUCUUGGUAAAAAAAAUGCAUGGAUUUGCUAUUGCACAAAAAUAGAUCUGUAAUUACGAAUACUGUAAGAUGUAUUUAUAUAUUAGAACGUGAGCACUUAUUGAGAUAUUUGACUACUAUUUAUAUCUGUACUUAUGCAGCAGUUUGAGCCACGUCUUCGCUUUGGUUGCUCAGCGUUAUUUCUCUUACACACAAGACCAGAAGCGUUUCAUGACGAUGCACUUUCAUGCUUUCAUCUUGAAAAAUAAGGGAGCUUUUAUUUCUCUUGUGUUUUUUUUAGAAACAUUCCAGUUAUUUUUUUCUCAUUUUGUGAAAUUGUUGCACACAAAUUCAAGGGGCUAUGAUGAUCAGUGGUCUGUUGUCUUGCAUUUAACUGGAGAAAUCAAUAUCACUUUACUGUAAGGUAUUCUAUAGUGCUAAUCCUGCACCAGAUGCGUUACUCCCUCUGUACAUAAACUUGUAUUUCUAUGAUUUAAAGUAUUUUUGCAGUGUUGAAACUUUUUAUGUGCAUUGUUUAUAUCUCUUUGAGAGGUAAAA